UAUAAACAGCUCAUCACCGAUGUGUUGCACAAACAAGAUCACAAGGAAGUUAAGCUCCCGAGAAAUGCGCAGCGAUUCAGGGUUGCAGACUUCUGUAUCGAUAACGGUGACCUUAAAAUGUUGUGCGGAAAUGCAGCAGUAAGAGUGGUACCGAAGUCAAAACGGAGAGCUGUGUUUGAGGAAGCCCAUGGGUGGUGCAAUGGCGGUGCACCUCAAUGGGACGGAAGUUGUAUCGUCAGCUUAAAAGAUAGGUAUUUUGGGAAGGUAUGGAGACCGAUAUCACAAAAAUGCCUGAAUAUGUGUGAACGUGUACCAACGCGAAACGAGCGUGUACGUAGAGAUUGUGGGUGUAUGACGUGUGUGGUGGAGUACGGAUUAACUGAGAGAGGCAACAAAUAUGCGUUAGUGGUCAUAGAUCACUUUUCGAAAUUUGUAGGCGCCUAUCCUAUUCCAAACAAGUCCGCCGAGACGGUGACUCGCGCGUUCUUUGAAAGAUGGAUAUGCGACGGAUGCAGGUGGCCUAAGCAGAUACACUCAGAUCAGGGCCCUGAGUUCAUCAAUUCAGUGUUUUGGUACGAACAGAUUGGCUAUUGGAACGCUAACAAGAAUGCUGCGGAAGAAAACUAUAAUUCCAGCCUGAUUGGGACUUUGCUGUUACCGAUGGUAGUCUUUGCUUAUAACUCUUCUCCACAUGAUGCUAUAGGAGAGAGUCCGUUCUAUUUACUGCAUGCGUUCGAUCCCAACUGCCCAUCAAACCACGAGCUCCUGGCAGGCAUUCAGUUGGCGCAAGAGUGCACCAAAGCGCUCAAUGACAAAUACAAAACGCACAUGAAAAAUGAAUAUGAUAAGAGGAACAAGAUUGAUGUGGAUAAAUUGCCAAAAGUAGGAGACAGGGUGUUCCUAAAGCUUCCAAGAGAAAAAGCUGGUAAGAAAUACCCAAAGUUAAGUGAACCUUGGGGAGGGCCAUACCGCGUUAUCGAGACCAGCGAAAAUUCAGCGCUAAUAUCUAAUAUCAAUGAGAAGGAGGAGCCCAUUCGAAUUCCAUUUGAUGCACUGAUCGUAGUUCCGAUUGAAGUUGAAAACUCAGUAAGAACAACCAGAACAAAAAGAAAGAGGCGGCGCCAAGCGAAUAGUAAUCACGUUGUUUGCAGGGCUACAGCGGAUGGUGUCGACACAAGCCCACUUGGUUUGUUCUUCCGCUGCCCAGGGAGACAUGGUCAAGAAGGCGAUGGAUGCAGAUAUUCGUGCUCGAUUCAAGAGAAAACGUUCAAGGAUGUGGUGCCGAACGCCUCAGAAGCGAUAGCAAAUCUCCGUUUUGAUACGAUAUUUAGCCUUGCCAGAUUGUUGUCCAUAUAUGACCAUGAGAGGAAUGAGGAACGGAAGCGUUUCCUCAUGCUAGACCAAAAACACUUUAGCAUCAGCAUCACUGGAGUGCAAAAGGCCUACUUGUUUUACAAGAAGUUUUGUGACCACGUUUUUCGGUCGUUGAUCCUCUACGACGGGUCCUCUCUUUGUCUCGCCCACGACGGUGGCACAGGCUGGCCGAUGGACCAACUCAACCAAGCAACCAACGAGGCCGUUCGAUAUGCACAGGCAAACAACUGGGACGAAGUGAAUCGAAAUGAACCGAAUAAGACGCUGCUAAUCCUACCGGACAGUAGAGACGAGAACGUGGAGCGCAGACUGUAUACCAGACUCAGUGAGAUUUCAGGAUUUCUGGAGAGAGCAGUCGCCCGGACUUGUGUAUUAGUGGGCCCGACGACAGAUGAGCCCCUUCCUAAACGCGACUGGUGCAAACUCGCCUCAUCACUAGCCGCGGCAGCUCGUACGGGCAUUAAGGUGUUAGCUGUUGCUCCUCCUAGAGGAGAUAACUCGUACAUGCGAAACAGACUGAUA